AUGCUAUAUAGAGCGAACGAUACAGGGAGAGCAGCAGUGGUUACGACUUACGAGAACCCUCGUACCAUCGACAAAGAACUCAACAUGUUCGUCGCAUUCCUCUUCAUACCUGUUGUGGCCGGGAACGUCUUUAUGGAAGGCAAUAUUCGGAAUGUUCCGGAAAUUACCGAAAGAGAGUCCACGUCGACAAAAACCUACACGAUAUUUGACCCCUGCAAUACAAACAAACCUGGAAAUCGGACGAGAAACUGUUCCCAGAAAAAAAGGAGGGACCGCAGCGAGAGCGGUGAAUGUGAAACUUAUAUUCGCAACGAUCCAGUAAAUGUAACAUGUGACAUGACGUCCGAUGGCGGCGGAUGGACAGUGAUUCAACGUCGGAGCGAAAACGAACAGGGUGACAAUUUUUUUGAAAGAAACUUUACAGAAUAUGAGCGUGGAUUUGGAACUCCCGGGGAAAGUUUCUGGAUAGGACUAGAAAACCUUCAUGCACUUACGAGUUUUCCGAACAACCAACAAGCUCUCAGAAUCGAACUGAAAAGAUCUGACGGACGACGGGAUACGAUAGUUGUGCGCUAUAACAAAUUUCACGUCGCCUCCGCAAAGGAGAGUUACAAGUUGACCAUCGACGAGUACGACGGUCCUAAAGGCAAAAAAUACGACUCGUUGUCCGGCCACAACAGAUCCGUCUUCACCAUCAAGGAGAGCUCUAAGGCCAAUCCCGACCGAGGCUCCUGCUUCACUGAAAAGGAACUUCUAAGUGGUGGCUGGUGGUUCAAGGAUUGCAAUCGGGCAAAUCUUAAUGGACGUAAAUUUGGCCUUUCAACAUUAAAGAAGCCCGGUAUUACCUGGAUGAUAGAUGGCGAAGCCGAUUCCUACUCUUACAUCUACCACAAAGUGGAGAUGCAGAUCAGGGACGCCGACUAUGGUUUCUGCACGGGCUCUCAAAAAUCUUAA